UAAAUUUGCCGUCAAUAUCAGCCAACGCACUACAGCAAGCGUGAAGCAAGCAACGUUUAGAAGGUCCUCUACUCAUUUUUUUAAAGAUGAGGUUUCUACUAAUUUUCACAAUUUUAUCAGCUGGCUCUAUUGCUUCAGGACAAGAUAUACCGACUUUGUUACCGGUUGAUCCCUUCGAUCCAAAUAAUGACGCCGCUAGACUAUUUGAUGCUAUGGACGGAUUGGGAACGAAAGAAGAUAAAAUCAUCAGUGUUCUUUGUUAUCGAACUGCCUUCCAACGAGAUAUUAUCACGACAACAUACAACAAUCAACACGGGAGCUUGGUCGCAGAUUUAGAGGAGGACUUGUCUGGAAACUUUUUAAUUCUCUCCACUAUGCUAACUCAUAGCAUGACAAAAUUCCUAUCCAUUGAACUCCACGAAACAAUGGCUCGACCAGGGACAGAAGAAGAUUCAUUAACUGAAAUAUUAGUGAGUAGAACCAAUCAAGAACUGUCAGAAAUUGACACCUUCUUCUCUGCUUAUUACGGACACACACUAAUAUCUGAGAUUGAGUCAGACACUGUUGCUCCUUACCAGACACUUUUGCUUGAGAUGGCAAUGGGACACAGAGACGAAAGCAAUGUGGUCGAUCAAACUUUAGUCCAAAGCGAUGUUAUCAGUUUGUACGAAGGAGGCCCAGCUAUGGAAGGAACACUUGAGAGCACUUACAUCAUCAUCUUUUCCAAUCGCAAUUUCGUUCACUUGAAUGAAGUUGCAAACCUUUACGAGGCUACGUACGGAACACCGCUCAGUGAUGUAGUCACCACAGAGUUUGCGAACGAAAUGGGAAGUGCCCUUGCAUCCAUUCUGCAAUAUAGUCGCGAUAAAGCGGUUUACUUUUCUUCACGUUUUUACACGACUAUCGCUGGAGCUGGCACUGCUGAUCGCGACUUGAUGCGUUUAACUAUCAGUCGUUGCGAGACUGAUCUUGGGAACAUUAAGAUUGCAUAUCAGUCACUCUACGGAAUGUCACUGAAUACUGCUGUCACGGACGAUACUUCCGGAUCCUAUCAAUUGGCUUUACUGGCCCUCAUUGAUUGAAUAUUAUGAACUACCCGUUUCUGAUCAUUAGCCGUUGAGUAGAAUUUGCAUUGGAUAAUCCUAUAUUCUGGCUAGAAAUAUGUAUAAACAUACAAAAUCAAUAAAUAUUUCU